ACGCGGGCGGGGACAGAGCUCGGAGCGCGCGCUGCAGGAGGGUGAUGGCCCUGCGAGGCUGCAAGCUCCGACCUAACCCGGAGUCCGCGGCGAGAGGCUCGCGGAGGCGCGGGGUGCCGGGCGAGCGCUGAGCGCCGCUUAGCACCUCCCGGGCUUUACAACCUCCACGUCCACAGUCUCCGACGAAGGCGAGGAUCCGCUCUCGUUUUUGCUGCCCUUCGUCCUCCAGAUCAUGUCCGCGGCUCCCGGGAUUCCGCUCGGAACAAGAAGUUUGCCCGGCGAGGACCCAGUGAACUUUCCGAGCCGUACGACUAACUACCUGGGCCGGGUCUGAGCAGAGGUGCCCAGGCUGACCUUUCUGAGCAAGGGUUUUCUCUGCGUGCCGUUGUCUUUCUGGGUUCUCGCCGGAGCCCCACGCCCACCUGCCUCCGAGUCCUGGAAGAAAGGGGCGGCUCCCUCCGCCCCUCAGCACCCGGGAAAAUGGGGAGCAAGGCCCUGCCGGCGCCCAUCCCGCUCCACCCGUCGCUGCAGCUCACCAAUUACUCCUUCCUGCAGGCCGUGAACACCUUCCCCGCCGCGGUGGACCACCUGCAGGGCUUGUACGGUCUCAGCGCCGUGCAGACCAUGCACAUGAACCACUGGACGCUGGGGUACCCCAACGUGCACGAGAUCACCCGCUCCACCAUCACCGAGAUGGCGGCGGCGCAGGGCCUCGUGGACGCGCGCUUCCCCUUCCCGGCUCUGCCCUUUACCACCCACCUCUUCCACCCCAAGCAGGGAGCCAUUGCCCACGUCCUCCCAGCCCUGCACAAGGACCGACCCCGUUUUGACUUUGCCAACUUGGCCGUGGCCGCCACGCAAGAGGACCCCCCUAAGAUGGGAGACCUGACCAAGCUGAGCCCGGGGCUAGGUAGCCCCAUGUCGGGGCUCAGUAAAUUGACUCCGGACAGAAAGCCCUCCAGAGGGAGGUUGCCCUCCAAAACGAAAAAAGAGUUUAUCUGCAAGUUUUGCGGCAGACACUUUACCAAAUCCUACAACUUGCUGAUCCACGAGAGGACCCACACGGACGAGAGGCCAUAUACGUGUGACAUCUGCCACAAGGCCUUCCGGCGGCAAGAUCAUCUGCGGGAUCACAGGUAUAUCCAUUCCAAAGAAAAACCUUUCAAAUGUCAGGAGUGUGGGAAAGGAUUUUGUCAGUCUAGAACCCUAGCUGUUCACAAAACUUUACAUAUGCAGGAAUCUCCACACAAAUGUCCCACAUGUGGAAGAACCUUUAAUCAGAGAAGUAAUCUGAAAACUCACCUUCUCACCCAUACAGACAUCAAGCCCUACAGCUGCGAGCGGUGCGGCAAAGUGUUCAGGCGAAACUGUGAUCUGCGGCGGCACAGCCUGACUCACACCCCGCGGCAGGACUUCUAGAGAAGCCCAGGAUGUGUCCCGUGCCGCCGCUGCUCCCCUCCCCAGCCACCUCUCCACGCCUCCCACCCAAGGGUCGCACUCCCAACCCCUCACUGACCCCAGCUCUCCCCUUGCUGUAGCCGCACCUGCAGCUCCCAGGAGUUACACUCUUCUUCUCGAGGACUGAGGACUGUAGAAACCCACACAAGUACAUCCCUUCACAAAGAGUAUAUGCUAGUUUCUUGUAGAUAUUCACAGCUCAUUUUAGAGCUCUGUACAUACUGUCGUGGGUCUCCGUUUUGUUGUUUUGUUUUGUUCGUUUUUGUAUCUUGUUGGAUGCACCUAGAUACAGAAAAUGGAAGCCAAAUUUAUCUUUAAAGAGUGUAUUUUCAAAAUAAAACUUUUCCUUGUUUGUUUCAACACUCCUGCAAAAGUGGCUUGCUAUUUAACUUCUGUUCUUCCUCUGGGUUCUGGGAGAGUAGGAUGCCUCUAAAAUACUCAACAUUGAGGGUAUUCUUUAUCCCUAGGCUUUUAAAAUAAGACUUCUCACAAUUCUCUUACUGAAACGUCAGCUCUUCCCUUUCUGUAUUAUGGCAUUUUUUAAUUGGAUGAUUUGAUUUGGAAUUUUUGUUUUUCAAAGAUAUUAAAAUUGAUACCCUGA